AUGCAGAGCUCCGUCGCCUUCCGUGCUCAGGCCGUGCGCGCCGCCGCGCCCGCCAAGCGCUCCAGCGUGACCGCGAAGGCCUCCGUCCGCGAGGUCGCCGCGCCCAUGCUCGCGUCGCUCCUGAUCGCCGGCCCCGCCACGGCCGCCGCGUCGUCGUCCAUCUCGAUCAUCGACGACCGCAAGGCGAUCGACAAGGGCUUCGACAUCAUCUACGAGGCGCGCGACGAGCGCAAGCCGUUCUCGACGCGCGACGGCCUGGACCAGGUCCGUGGGUCGCUGGACCAGGCCAAGGCGCGCGUGUCGGAGUCGACCAAGCGCAUCAAGUCGUCGGUGCCGGCGUCGAUCAAGCAGGCCUACUGGCUCGAGGCGCAGCAGGAGAUGCGCCGCCAGGUCGGCAACAUGCGGUUCGACUACAACGCGCUCGCCGCCGCGCAGCCCAAGGCGACGAAGAAGCAGAUCUUGGCCAAGAAGCAGCAGCUCUUCACGCAGAUGGAGGACCUCGACUUCGCGCUGCGCAAGAAGGACGGCGCGAAGGCGGACAAGGCGUACUCGGCCAUGAUCGCCACGCUCGACUCGCUCAACGCGGACGUGCUCUAA